GGCUGACGAAUAGAUGCGACCUCCGCGGCUCACACACAGCGACUGGGCAUGAACACGACUCGGGUACCGGGUUCGGGAGUUUUGGGUCGUAUGUUUACACUCUGUUCCUGAUUUCUUCUAAAAAAAACAAAAAAAAAACAACCAAAGCUGAGCAGAAGUGACGCGUAAAAACCACAGGACGCGCAAAGAAGUCGGCUCUACCUGCACUUGACCUGAGGAUAACUUGCUCUCCGGACUAUAGACGCACCACAGAGGGAAUAUGACAGUUGGCUUGGGCCACUGAAGGAGUGAUAAUCGGUGCACGCGCUUGGUGUCUGUUGAGGUGACCGCACAGCCGCAUUAUGCAGCAUCCUUUGGACAUGGGGGCGCAUUACUAUCCUCCGGAAGUUCAUCCGGACCACAGAACUCAUCGCUACAGGAGUUUCAUGAUAGAGGAGAUCCUGACUGAUCACGCGGAGCACAAAGCGUCGGCUCCGGCCGGGGAGCUUCUUAAAUUCGGGGUGCAGGCUCUCUUGUCCGCCCGGCCUUUCCAUAAUCAACUGGUGCUAAAAGCCGACCAGACGAGCCUCCUAAAGUUCCCCAUGUCCCCGCUGUCCUGCUCGCUCGGCUCUCCGCUCGGCUCCCCGCUGCUGUCCGCCGCGUCGGGCAUGCAGCUUGGCGCGGCGUCUCACCACCUGCCGCUGGACCUGCACCUCCGCGGGAAGCUGGAGCACGGAGCCGACGGAGGCAGCAAGACCAAGAAGGGCCGCCGGAGCCGCACCGUGUUCACCGAGCUGCAGCUCAUGGGGCUUGAGAAACGCUUCGAGAAGCAGAAGUAUCUCUCUACGCCUGAUAGAAUAGAUCUGGCCGAAUCUUUGGGCCUCAGUCAGCUGCAAGUAAAAACAUGGUACCAGAACAGAAGGAUGAAAUGGAAGAAAAUUGUGUUGCAGGGAGGCGGCCUGGAGUCACCCACUAAACCAAAAGGCCGCCCAAAGAAGAACUCCAUCCCCAGCAGCGAGCAGCUCUCUGAACAAGAACGAUCUGCCGCCGACACUGACCGCCAGUCGGAAGCCUCCAGCUCCCACUUAGAGAACACUCAGGAGGAAUGACCCGCCAGAUACUCUGACUCUAUGGGACGCUCAGGAUGGAGCCAGACUCCAAAAACACAGUGGACAGUAUGUGCUGAUGCUCCUUGAGGCUGGACCGUCUUUGUGCAGGCUCCAAAGACUUGCAGGCCCCUGCAGAAGCCUAAACUGUACAAGCCGACAUCCUCCAACAGCCAUGUGUUUUUUGUCGUAGCCCUACCAUGCAUUCCCUCAUGAUGAACUUGCUGCUGUUGAAGAGGGAGCUCAAACCUUUGCAGUAGGUCGCAACUUUAUAUUCUAUGGAUCCAC